AUGGAUCAUGCAUACAAGAGUCAGCUGCAAUCAUAUGCCCUGAAACAGAACAUGAAUCUACCGGUCUACGCCGUUGAGCGCCGAGGGGUUGAUCAUGCUCCUCGUUUUAGAUGUAAGGUCACAGUCUGUGGACAGACUUUCCAGAGCCAGGAUUUCUCUCCGACAUUGAAAGCGGCUGAAAAUGCCGCUGCAAAAGUAGCUUUGGCUUCACUCAAUCCAGAGGGAAUUGAUGUUUCUUACAAGAACCUCUUGCAAGAAAUUGCCCACAAAGAAAAUUCUCUUUUACCAGUUUAUGCAAGUGCCACAUCCGGUCAAUCACAUCAGCCUACUUUUGUUUCAACUGUUGAGUUUGGUGGCAAGGUUUUCACAGGACAAGAGGCCAAAACCAAAAAGUUAGCCGAAAUGAGUGCUGCUAAAGUAGCAUUCAUGAGUAUCACAAAUAGGAGCUCGAACCAAGAAGCUGCCAGUUCAAAUGUGAAGAGCACUCAACAAGAGAUCCCAUCCAAAACUUCCAAGAAGAUACCGACCGUGACCCCUGAUGUCCCAUCAAAGUGGAUUAAAGUUUAUGAAGAAGAACUUCCAGAUGUUGUUAAUCCACCAGACCAUGUUGUUGCUUCGCCUGUGCCUCAGAAUCCUACAGACGAUAGGACUCUUAGUGCACCGGCUACUAUAGAUAUAGAGAUCCUGAACAACAAUUCUCGUGCUUCUUUGCCUAUGCCUGAGUUUGUCACAAACGAUGAACAACGCCAUGUGGAGAAGAGAUUGAGAAGAAGCUGA